AUCUUGCAAAUAAUUUGAGAAUAUUUUAUCAAAACUGAAAUGGCUACACAGAAUACAAACCCUUCUGCCUCAACAACAACAAGAAAUAAAGAUGUUUCUAGCAGCUCAGGACAAGCACGAGACAACCACUCAGUUAGCAAACGACUUCAACAAGAGCUGAUGACCCUUUUGACUAAAGGGGAUCCAGGUAUUUCAGCUUUUCCAGAUGGAGAUAAUUUGUUCAAAUGGAUUGCAACUCUGACAGGAGCCACUGGAACGGUUUAUGAAGGACUAACAUACAAACUGACAUUGGAGUUUCCUAGUAGCUACCCUUACCAGGCCCCUACAGUGAAGUUCGACACUCCCUGCUAUCACCCAAAUGUUGAUCAGAGUGGCAAUAUCUGUCUAGACAUUCUCAAAGAGAAAUGGUCAGCCCUGUACGAUGUCCGAACAAUACUUCUGUCCAUUCAGAGCCUUUUAGGAGAGCCAAACAAUGACAGUCCUCUCAACGCUGAUGCUGCUGCCCUGUGGCAAAACCAAGAAACAUACAAGUCUGUCCUCCUGGAGAAAUAUGACAAAGAUGUCCGUAGUAAACAGUCUUAAUUAGACAGACCACAGAGACUUUCCAGUGCAAUAUCCACAUACAGCGUGUCAGAGACAUGCACAAGUUCAGAACAAUAUUCAUGCUUUUUAUAUCACAUACAUACAUAUAUGCGUUACUUAGAAUUUCUCUAAUUUUGUAAUAGAUGAGAGGAUAAAUGGUAAAAGUAGAAAAUAACAUUUUAUGAUGACAACAUUUAGAUUUUAAUAUUAUACAGAAGAAUGAAAAUCAGGUGACUGUACAUUUAAAUCAUUUGUGUUAGUGUGGGUGUUUUGUACAGAAGUUUAGGAGGAAUGUACAUGAUGUGUGAAUGAGGAGUAUUUAUUUUAUAUUUACUGUGUAGUCUUCUGCUCCCUUUCUUAAAAACAUUCCCUCUUGCUAUCCCUCUCCAGAACUAACAACUUUAAAUAUAACAUGCUUGACACUUAGAAGAAUGAGGUACUGGAUCACUCUGCUUGUAUUGUAAAUAAUACGAAUACUGGUUAAUAUCAUGAAUUUGUUUUGGAGCAUAUGCCCAACAAGAAUUUCUCUUAGAAAAAAAUAAUUGUAAAACUGAAGUACAUGUGAAUAAAAUCAGACAUUUUAA